UUUCCAUCUUGCGCCAUGGGGAAGAAGGGCAAAGUCGGGAAGAGCCGGCGGGACAAGUUCUACCACUUGGCAAAGGAGACCGGCUUCCGUUCCCGCUCCGCCUUUAAGUUGAUCCAGCUGAAUCGCCGCUUCCAGUUCUUGCAGAAAGCCCGGGCCUUGCUGGACCUGUGCGCGGCGCCUGGGGGAUGGCUGCAGGUGGCUUCCAAGUUUAUGCCAGUGUCCAGCCUUAUUGUGGGGGUGGACCUGGUUCCAAUUAAGCCCAUUCCCAAUGUGGUUACACUGCAAGAGGAUAUCACAACUGAAAAGUGCCGCCAAGCUCUCAGGAAGGAGCUAAAGACUUGGAAGGUUGAUGUUGUGCUCAAUGAUGGGGCUCCUAACGUAGGGGCUAGCUGGGUCCAUGAUGCUUACUCACAAGCCCACCUGACCUUGAUGGCACUUCGUCUGACUUGUGAUUUCCUGGCACGUGGUGGCUGCUUUAUCACUAAGGUUUUCCGCUCCCGUGACUACCAACCCCUUCUCUGGAUUUUCCAGCAGCUAUUUCGCCAUGUUCAGGCAACUAAGCCCCAGGCCUCUCGACAGGAAUCUGCAGAGAUCUUUGUGGUCUGCCAGGGUUUCCUGGCUCCUGAUAAGAUUGACAGUAAAUUCUUUGACCCCAAAUUUGCCUUUAAAGAGGUUGAAGUUCAGGCCAAGACUGUGACUGAAUUGGUAACCAAGAAGAAGCCCAAGGCUGAGGGCUAUGCUGAAGGUGACCUUACUCUCUAUCAUCGGGUCUCUAUCACUGACUUCCUCCGAGCUGCCAAUCCUGUUGACUUCCUCUCCAAAGCUAGUGAGAUCAUGCUGGAUGAUAAGGAAUUGGAGCAGCAUCCAGCCACUAGUGAGGAUGUAAAGGUGUACUGCCAGGACAUCAAAGUGCUAGGGCGAAAAGAGCUCAGGUCCCUACUGAAUUGGAGAACAAAGCUUCGUCGAUUCGUGGCCAAGAAAUUAAAAGAUCAGGCAAAGUUACUGGACAUCAGUCUGAGCUCUGGAGAGGAGGAGGAGGAGAAGGAAGAGGAACAAAAAGAAGGAAAAAAGACAACAGUUGCUGCUGAGGAUGCUGAGGAGGAGGAGGAGUUGGACAGGGCUCUUGCAGAAAUGAAGGCCCAGGAGGUAGCAGAGCUGAAGAGGAAGAAAAAAAAGCUGCUUCAGGAGCAGAGGAAACAACGUGAGCGAGUAGAACUAAAGAUGGAUUUGCCUGGAGUGUCCAUUGCAGAUGAUGGUGAAACUGGGAUGUUUUCCCUGCGCACAAUCCGUGGCCACCAGCUACUACAGGAAGUGGCACAAGGCAAUAUGGGGACUGCAGACAAAUUCCUGUUGGAGGAACCAGAGAGUGAUAUCUAUUUAUCUGAUGAAGAGAGUGAGGUUGCUGAUGAUGAAUCUCUGGCUAGUGACCUGGACCCUGAAGAGCUUGUGGGAGUUAAGGGAUACAAGGCUCCUCCGUCUCAAAAAUGUGUAAAGUUUGCAGAGCAACCGCAUCAAGAGGAAGAACAACAAGAGAAUCCUCUUUUGGUACCACUGGAGGAAAGGACUGUCCUUCAGGAAGAACAAACCAACCUGUGGUUUUCCAAAGGUGGUUUUGCUGGGAUUGAAGAUGAUGAAGAUCAGGCUGUGGAGAUAAGCCAGGCUCAGCUGUUGUAUGAGAGCCACUGUAAAGAAAAACAGAAACUCCAGCCAAAGCCUAUGAAUUCAAAAAGUGCAGAGGUGCCUCCCCAACAUCAGGCCCAGAGCACCAGCACAGGAGAGCCAGUCAUUGAAGAAAAUGCAGCCACUUCUGCUAGAGAGACCAGCAGUUCAGACAGUGAUAGCAGCAGUGAAGAUGAGAGAAAAUUAAGUAAAGGUCCCCGAGGUAAGAAGCGAGGCCAUUUGAUAGAGCCAGAAGAUGGAUUUGUGGUGGUGCCUAUUGAGAAUCCAGUCAAACGCCAGAUAUUGAACCCAGAAGGUCUAGCUCUUGGUGCCAUGAUUGCCUCUUCCCGGAAAGCACGGCGAGAUCUCAUAGAUGACUCCUUUAGUAGGUAUACAUACAAUGAGGAGGAAGAGGACCUCCCUGAGUGGUUUGUGCAAGAUGAAAAGCAGUAUCGAAUUCGGCCAUUGCCCUUGGAUAAAAAGACAGUGGAGGAGUACCGGAAACGCUGGCGUGAAAUUAAUGCUCGGCCCAUCAAAAAAGUGGCUGAGGCCAAGGCCCGAAAGAAACGUAGAAUGUUAAAGAAAAUGGAGCAGACUAAGCGGAAGGCAGAGGCUGUGGUAAAUACAGUGGACAUCUCUGAGCGGGAGAAGAUGGCCCAGUUGCGAAGCCUCUACAAGAAGGCUGGGCUUGGCAAGGAGAAACGCCAGGUUACCUAUGUUGUGGCUAAAAAAGGUGUGGGUCGGAAGGUAAGAAGACCUGCUGGAGUCAAAGGUCACUUUAAAGUGGUGGAUACAAGGAUGAAAAAGGACCUGAGGGCACAACAACGGAAGGAGCAGCAGCACAAAGGCCACAAAGGCAGGAGGAGGAAGUGAAAGACAGGAUCCAGAAGGAUUAUAGAGAAUUGCUGAGCUAUUUCCUCUUCCUAGGACCUGGACAAGUUUCAAACUUGCCUCAUUUUUUCUGUGGAAAGAAAAGCUGAUGUUCAUAUCACAGCCCUCUGUAGUUAAUGGUUUUCUGGUACUGGUCACUGACCAAUAUUUUGUACUGUUCUGUUCCCUUGUGAGAAAAGGCAACUAUGGAAAAUAAAAGCUUCAAAAAAGGUAGAGGUAUAAAUUUAAGGGGACACAUU